UUUAAUAGCGAUAUUUAGAUACAUAUAUUUUUUUUUAAUAUUAGCUACAUAGGAGAUAGAUAUAUAUUUUUUAUGGUGGAUUUUCGAUUAAGGACAAAGAAAUAAGUAAUUAGUUGAAACAAACUCUGGAAUAGAAACAAAAUAAUGCCAGGACACCCGAGGUUGAGCGCAAAGAAAUCCUCGAAGCAUAGCUCACGCUUGAACCGCCUGCCCUACAAGCAACUUUUCGAUACGGAAAUUGACGAUUUAAUUCAUAUUCGCAAGGAUUUUACGGUAUAUAAUGAUAAUUUCGUGGAUGUUACACCAAAAUUUCUGCAUGUGGACUUUUAUAGUCAGCGUAAAUAUAAACUAUUUAAUGCCAUGAUAAGAGCUCGUUUGGAUACCGCUGAUUCAACACGUCAAAGUUUGAGCCGGCAAAGUGUUAUGAGUCAUUCUAGCACAACACAGAAAAUGAGGUUGGGUGGCCUUAGAUUAUCUCUGGAGGAUAUACUGAAAGAUAUCGGCAGUAUACAUAACAUCCUUGCGAGUUUAAUGGGAGAAGACGAAGGCCACGAAUUUCAGCUACGUCGAGAUAGUAGAUUCAAGGAACAUCGAUUACCAUUUAUAAGAGUCAUCUUACGUCAAUCUCCAACAUUUUUACUGUACGAAUCUGCAAGUAUCACAGUAGCUAAGGGCACGCCGUUGGGUGAUUUCGUAGAAGAGGACAAUCGAAUUUAUGAUUACCUCACGAUUGGGCGUGGCAAUGUACGACGACGUAGUGAAGCCGAAACUCAAACUAAUGAUAUAUUGACAAAGACACGUUUCGUCAACACCUACUACAGAGUUACGGAGGAGAAGGGGUCAUAUAUGUCGUUCUAUGAGUUGUAUGACACUUAUAAGUUGCUAUCGGAGAGUCAUGCAGAUGAGGAGGUCGGCGAGAGAAGAGUUAGCCGCACAUUGGAUCCACUAUUUACCGAAGAUCUUAAGCAAAUAAGUAAGAGUUCAAGCUUUCACACCGCCAGCAUGGUUAUGGAACGUCUGUUAGCGGGCAAUAUUUAUGGCGAAGGUCAAAAGCGUUUUCGUAAUAUAAAUUUACCCACGAAGUUUGAUAAUGCUGCAGAGUACCGUUAUCAGCCGGAAGUAAUAUUCACAUUAUAUGCGCCGAAAUUUGGUGCGCCACGUAUCAGUGGCAACAUGCGUAAGGCGGUCUCCGAUAUCAGUUUUUGCUAUGGCAAUGGUGACAUCUUGGCUGUGGCGUAUGGCGUAUUCUCAUAUUCGGCUCUAAUAACCGUCUCCACUGGUGAUGUAUGCAUUUGGAGUAUUAAAAAUCCACAUAAUCCAGAACGUGCAUACCGUUAUAACACGCCAGUGACAUCAGUCGAGUUUUCACCAUUUCUACCCUUCCUUCUAGCUAUCGGCAUGUAUGAUGGCACAGUUGAGGUACGUAAUAUAACCAAACCCGAUGAUGCACCAAUUUCUGUUACACAACGCACUACAUCGUUGAAUCGUGAUCCGGUUGUGGCUUUAAAAUGGAUACAAAAUCAACAAGAGAACGAGGAUACAGAUCCUGUAUUGGCACUCUCCUCGAAUGGCACUGUCUGGCGUUAUUGUGUUAUACGCAGUCCGCAUUUGUUGAGCUUCAAACAGGUGGAGUUAUAUCGUAUGCACGGCCAGCCGGAAGGUCUGCAAAUCAAUCGUCUAACAAAUAAUCCAAUAGAGCUAUUUGCGAAUAGACAUCCGCUGGGUCUUAAUAUUACAUUGCAUCCACAUCUACAGGAUAUCUACUAUUUGCUAACGGAUGAGGGUUGUAUUUACAAGUGUUCUACGAAUACGACACUCUCGUAUUUGGAUGUGUGGCAAACACAUGAUGGUGCCGUAAAUUGCAUGGACUUUUCCCCGUGGUCACCGAAAUUAUUUCUCACUUGCGGCAAUGAUUGGUGUAUUCGAAUCUGGAUGGAUGGCAUACAGAAACCACUGGUAACACUAAAACACAAAAUGAUACCCAUUUACACGGCACAAUGGAGUCGCACACACUCAACUGUCAUAAUUUCUACAAAUCGUUCAUCCGUAGAUGUUUGGGAUAUACAACGCAAUCUCUUGACGCCAAUGUCACGCACAAAACUUGGUUCGGCAUUCAACACAAUGUUCGAAGUUAGUUUAUGUGGUCAUAAUUUGGCUGUCGGUAAUGAGCGUGGUGAUGUCAAUAUAUGCUCUAUGGUGAAAAUGCCAUUUCCACCACAUUUUCAAUAUGAUGAGCUGAAGAAAUCGCUGUUCAAGGCAAUAUCAACUGCUAAUGAAUUAAUAAUCGAGCUUAAUAAUAUUGGCUUUUUCGGUUAUCCGGGCAAAGGAUCGAGGCGUUGAAGAAUCUGUAGAAACAAAAUUUUUUUUA